AUGCGAAGACGUGCAGGUGUUGGGGCCAUUCAGAAGCAGCGUCUGGAGGCGGAAAAGUAUAAAGACAAGGGAACCGAACUGCAGGACUCACAGUUUGAGCAGAUGGUAAAACAGAUGGAGGCUUUGAAGGAAAAUUUAGAGGAAUUUGCGUCCAAGCAUCGGAACGAAAUCAAGAAGAACCCACAGUUUCGGCGCCAGUUCCAGGAGAUGUGUGCGGCCAUCGGGGUGGAUCCUCUGGCGUCGGCCAAAGGCUUUUGGAGCGUACUCGGUAUGGGCGAUUUCUUCUACGAGCUCAGCGUCCAGGUGGUGGAAGUUUGCCUGGCACACAACCACGUAACAGGCGGUCUUAUGGACUUGGACGAACUGCGGAAUCGGUUGGUAGCAGCUAGGGGUAAAAGUCAAAUCCAUCAGGAAAUCACCACCGAGGACAUACUGAUGGCAACGAAGAAGCUGAAGAUAUUCGGCAACGGUUUCACCGUGUACUCGGUCGGGAAGAAUCGCUACAUGGUGCAGUCAAUACCCGGUGAACUCAGCCUUCAGGAAACAACAGUUCUUAGCGUAGCCUCGAAUCAAGGCCAAGGAUUCGUAACGGUUGCGUCACUCAUGAACGAUUUAGGGUGGACACAAGCAAGAGCGGAACAAGCAGUAGAGAAAAUUCUCGGCGAAGGUAUGGCCUGGCUAGAUACACAAGGCGAAGAGAAAUCGUACUGGUUUCCUAGUUUGUUCCCGGGACGUUUAACGACGAAAACUUGA